AAUAAAUGUUAUAACCAAGACCCCCAUUCCCAUCAGGACAAAUGGAUUUAAUUUUAGGAAAGACUGAAACCUAUGGAGCAUUAUUUUUAAGUGGAAUUGAAGCAGCAUUGAAUCUAUAAUUGAUGAAACAAAACUAGAUUGGAGCAGUCUUAACAGUAGGUACAGAAUUGUCAAAUCUAAAAUUUGAUUGCGAAUAAAAAGUAAUAAAAAUUGAUAAGCUUAGUUAAUUAUGUUACAUGAUACUGCUUAUGAUCCUAUUAGAAGACAUUUUGAAGAGGCUAUACAUUUUAUAGAUGAAUAACGAAAAAAAAAGAACGUUUUAGUUCACUGUUUUGUCGGAGUUAGCAGAAGUGCCACCUUGGUGAUAGCUUAUUUAAUGCAAAUUUAUAAUUAUUCGCUUCAAGUUGCACAUUAAUUUUUAAUGAAUAGACGACCUUAAAUUAACCCAAAUCCAGGGUUUAUGCAACAAUUAUAAUAAUUUGAUUUUGAAUUAAAUAAAAGAAGAUAAUAAAGACCUGCAAGCACAUAAUAUGUUAGAUAACAUCAUGAAAUUGAUAGAAGAGAAUCUAUUUAAGUAAGAUCAACUAGACAAAAUACAUUAUAAAGUCCAUUAAAAAGAGUUAAUUAAAAAGCCAUGUCUACUAAAUCAUUAUUCUUGACUCCAAAAAAGAAUGAUACUUAAAAUUAUUUUAAUUUUACUCCUGCCGUUAAACCUAAUAAUCAAAUAGAAAUUAAAUAAAUUAUAAAAAGUGCAUAAAAUUUAGACAUUGGCGUUCUAAGAUAAUCUAAUUAUUAUGGAAACAAUGCUAAAAAAUUAGCAGAAACAGCUACUAAUGGAUUUAAAUCAGCUAAUUCAUUUUGUAAGACUUUCUCUAAUCAUUUUCCUAUGGCUAAAAAUUAAUUAUUAACAUAAACUUAAACAUUAUUAAAGAAAACUAACGGUUCUGGAUUAGGUCAUAAAGGUAGAUAACCAAUCAAAGCUUAAACUAAGAUUGAAUAUAAUUUAUGA